AUGUUAAACUCAUUUCAAAGUACGACGAUGACGACAAUCGAUGAUGACUGUGACGUUCUUACGCAACUCAUAAUGAUGACGACGACGACGAUGAAAACGACGUUCAUAACGACGCCGACGACAAAUUUCGGUAAUAAUAAUAAGAAAGUUGAAAUAUUCAAGGGAGGACGUCAAGUCAAACAAGAAUUUUCGAAAUUUAUAGAAAAACCGACGAAUCUUUCUCAGAAAAAAUUACCGGAAACGGAUGAAGAUUAUUUAGAAUUGUAUCAAGAUAGAAUAUUGAACGCUCAAAAAAGACAAUUGUUUCCACUACAAGAAGAUUUAGCGGAUUGGUUAAAUAAAACUCUCGGUAUAAAACACAUAACGGGAGAUAAUUUUAUGGACACGCUUGACAACGGAGUAAUUUUGUGUCAACUCGCAAGAAUAAUUCAUGAACGAGCGCAACAUGCCAAAAAUAUUGGCAUACACAAAGGGGUAUUAUACACUCACUGUUUUCACAAUGCGGCAAGGAGAAGUUUUUUUUCAAGAGAUAACAUGGAAAAUUUUAUAAUUUUCUGUAAAGAACUUGGAGUUCAUCAAAAUCUACUUUUCGAAAGUGACGAUUUGGUUCUUCAUAACCAACCGCGUAAUGUAAUUUUGUGCCUUUUGGAGUUAUCCAGGAUAGCGACAAAAUUUAAUAUAGAACCUCCAGGAUUAGUAGAAUUGGAAAAAGAAAUAGCAGAAGAAGAACAAAGAACGGAAAGAUUAGAAAAAAUGAAUAAAAAUUCAUUGUUAUCAUGGCAGUUCAGGCCAUCUUUUAGUAAUCUUUCCAGGUUGAAGCAUUGUUCUUGUAAUAAAAAUAAAUGUUCAAAAUUAUCCGUUAAAAAAGUUGGAGAUGGAAAGUACAAUAUUGCUGGAAGAAAUGUGUUUGUGAGGUUACUCAAAGGCAGACACAUGAUGGUAAGAGUAGGAGGAGGUUGGGAUACUCUCGAACAUUUUCUUUUAAGGCACGAUCCUUGUCAGGUGAGAAUAUUAAGCAGAGGCACAUCACCAAGUACUACUACUACUACCACUUCUCAGAAGCACGAUAUAUACAAUUCAACAGGGUUUGGUUCACUCAAUAAUUUGCAGUUAUUAGCACAAAUUCCAACAGCUGUUGGACCUAAUACAUUUUUGCACAUUCGUGCUAAAUAUCGCAGUCCACCGCCACCAUAG